GCGGCGGCGAUUUCUCAUCGGUGAGAUCUGGAUGAAUAAAAUAAAUUUGCGUAAUGUAUUCUUAGAAGAAAUGCUUUCUAUUUAGGAUAACAGUAAAAAUGGAGAAAGACCAAGUAAAUAAUGAUGAAAACCCAGACCCAGAGAAUUCCCUGGACUUCUCUGAACAGUUUAAUCAACUUGAAUUGUUGGAAACACACAGACACCUGAUUCCUACUGGGACCCAAAGUCUCUGGGGAGACAGUUCUGAAGAGGACGAGGAGCAAGAUGAAAAAACAGAAGAGUGGUAUCAAUUGCAAGAAAAAAGCAUGGAGAACGAUCCAAGUGCACUGCUGCUUUGGGCUGCUGAACAAAAUCGGCUAACUACAGUGCAGCGGCUCCUUUCCGAAAAUGCCACGCACGUGAACACGAGGGAUGAAGAUGAGUAUACCCCCCUGCACCGAGCAGCGUACGGCGGGCACUUGGACAUUGUCCGAGAGCUGAUCGCACAAGGGGCAGACGUGCAUGCAGUGACUGUGGAUGGCUGGACGCCGCUGCACAGUGCCUGUAAGUGGAAUAACACCAGUGUGGCUUCUCUCUUGCUCCAGCACGACGCCGACAUCAAUGCGCAGACAAAGGGUCGCUUGACCCCCUUACAUUUUGCUGCUGGGAACAGAGACAGCAAAGACACUCUGGAGCUCCUCCUGAUGAACCGUUACAUCAAACCCAGUCUGAGAAACAACUUGGAUGAAACUGCAUUUGAGAUCGCCAGGAGGACCAGUACCUACCACUACCUCUUUGAAAUUGUGGAUGGCUGCACAAACUCCCAGCCUCAGAGUUAACACUUGUAGGCAUUUCCGCAAGUCUCUAGAUCCCAGUGCCUCCCUGUGAGAUGUACAAUAUUCAAAUGUGUAAUGCGAGAUUGACAUCCCAAGUGUGGCACCAAGAAUUCACUGGUACUCAUUCCAAUGCCCUUCCAAGUGAAUUGCCUGCCCUUGAUGUCAGAAGGUAUUUGAAAAGCGGAGAGUGAGAGGGGUAUUUGGAGGUUGUUUGGCUAUAUCGCUAAUGAUUUCUAUGGCAUUUGUGGGUUUUUUUAUCAGAAACAACUUUAACUUACCUAUAUUUAAACACAACCGUUUAUACAGGGGAAAAAAGUGAUAUUUUUGGUGCUGAUGCAAGAAAAAGGUAUUUUAAAUCUCUCAUAUCUGGGAUCUUUGGUAUUUGGUAUACUGGCAUGUAUUUUUAUAUUCCAGCGAAAUCCCUAUUACAUUUUUCCCUCAGUGAGUAUUCCAUUUUUUAUGGAUGCGGUCCCUCUGCUUUUAAUGAGAGCUCUAAAAUCCACUGGCGCAGUGCUGACUGUGCUUUCAUUUGACACCAGUAAGUUUAACAUGAAUGAUUGGAUUUACAAGUUAGAAGAAAGUUCAAAAUCCCUAGAGGCAGCUUUGUCUUUUAGAGCAUAGACCAUUUGCCAGAAAGCCCCUAGGGAGGUAUUUGAUCCCAACUGUUUCUUAACCAUUGAGUGUUGCCCAAUACCCACCUGCCACCAUUCACACAUUCCUGUGGAUGCCUCUACCUCACUCUUGGCAACCUAACCUAACCGUUUACCAUAAAGUCAACUCCGACUCCUGGUAACUCCAGGUUUGUUCAUAGACCUGCACCCCUUAGGUUUCUGAGAGCUGCUCUUUGGGGAAGUGGAUCACCAAGCCUUCUUCCCAGUGUAGCGCUACCCUUUCUGUUGACAGCUCGAGUGCAUUAGCCCUUGGAGCACCAACCAGAGUACUGCUUGUGUUUUGCUCCCUUGCUUUUUAGGAAAGAUUGGUUUUCCUGGGUCAUACAAACCAUACAAAAGCAGUAGCACUGCCAUUGAGUCAAUUUCCAACUCAUAGAGACCCUGUAGCACAGAGAACUGCCCCUGUGGGUUUCUGAAACU